CUCCGCACCUCACUAUUUAAGGCAAGGUGAUUCCACUCACACAAGAUCCGCGAGACCAAAGCAUGUGCACCCUCGACAUCACGUUCGUGCAGAACGUCCAGCCAUCUGGCACAAGAUCCCUCGUGCCCCACCAGAAGCAGUCACAGACCCACACGGCGAACGCCGUCUGCUUUUCGCUUGUGAGCGCGGACACCUGGCACAGGAGGCUUGGACAUCUCAAUGCUCGGAGCCUGGACAUCCUUCGGAAGGACACGGGUACCGGGGUGGACUAUGGCGACAGUCUCUCCCCUUGUGGGGUCUGCCAGAUCGCGAAAAACAAGCAGUCCUCCCACCUGAAGCAGUCGACUCGUGAACUAUCACGGCCUGGACAACUUGUGGUCAUCGACAACAUCGAGCAUGUUAAUCCACCUGCGAAAUAUAAAGGAGGCUACUUCCUGUACGCGCGCAAGAUCGUCGACGACUACACGAAAAUGAAAGAAGUGUACCUGCUUGGCAAGAAAUCUGACACGACCGAGGAGGUGCACAUGUACAACAUGUGCGUCGCAGCGGCACGAGGCUACCGGACCGAGACCAUCCGCUGCGACAAGGGAGGCGAGAACACCGGAUUCGAAUUUCGAGACUACAGCAAGAAUUCAGCUCUUAAGCUCGAAUACGCCGCCACCAACACCCCUCAACAAAUUGGUGUAUCGGAACGGGAUGGACAAACCCUGGCCGGGGUCAUNGAGACCAUCCGCUGCGACAAGGGAGGCGAGAACACCGGAUUCGAAUUUCGAGACUACAGCAAGAAUUCAGCUCUUAAGCUCGAAUACGCCGCCACCAACACCCCUCAACAAAUUGGUGUAUCGGAACGGGAUGGACAAACCCUGGCCGGGGUCAUCCGGUGUCUUCUGAAGGAUGGAGAUUUUCCGCCGUCCAUGUGGGGGGAGUUAAUGCUGAGUGCAGCAUACCUGUUGAACAGGUCCCCACACUCAGCACUGGGGGGAGCUACGCCAUACUCGAAGUUGCACAGUAAGUCACCUGAUCUCUCGGGACUUCAGGCCAUUGGAGCGCGUGCCUUCGUACACCACGAGCGAUACCGAAAGAAGCUGGACGACAGAGCUUUCGAAGGAAAGCUCUGUGCCAACGGGUACGAGAGCGACGUGCUGAGCUUCACCUCCCUGCUGGACAGCCCCCGCUCUACGAGCGACCUGGACUUCACGGCGCAGAACGAACUCCUUCGGCAAGAAGUCCGGAAGAUGCCGCAAGACAAUCUCGCUCGGGAGGAGCUUUGCCUAGGACUGGAUGGGAACGANAUCGAAUCUCCACCCCGGUCAAUGCCAUUCCAGUAUCUUGCUGAAGCCAACGGGUACGAGAGCGACGUGCUGAGCUUCACCUCCCUGCUGGACAGCCCCCGCUCUACGAGCGACCUGGACUUCACGGCGCAGAACGAACUCCUUCGGCAAGAAGUCCGGAAGAUGCCGCAAGACAAUCUCGCUCGGGAGGAGCUUUGCCUAGGACUGGAUGGGAACGAGGACGAACAUGAAAACGGGCAGGAUCUCAGCGACGGGGACGCCCCAUCACCGCAUCUCUCAUCGACGCCAGCUGGACCGUCAUCCGAAACCCACGCAUCUAGCCCCAGCCCAUCAUUAUCGAACCCGUCUGAACCGGACACUUCUGCAUCAACUGGAUCCUCCGGCAUGCGGCGCCUGCAAGUCGCCAGAGCUAGCACGCGCGGGAAGCCCACCGGCGACGAUCAGAUCGACGAUAACUUGCUGGCUGGAAUAGCCGAUCAAGCCCAGCUCCCAUGCCCUGGCGAUACUGAAGAUUUCGCGCACGUGGCGGCAGACCCCUUCACUGUGCCGGGUGCUCACGCCUACGUCACGACCACUCACGACCACCACGGGAUCUUGGAGGAGACCAAUCAAGCGAUCGAAAUCCCCAAAACCUACGACGAAGCCAUGAGCUCUCCCCAACGCGAAGAAUGGGAAGGAGCGUGGAGCAAGGAGUGGGACAAUCUGCGGAAACACAACGUCUACUAUCUGGUGCCCCUCAGUAGCGUUCCCAAGGGCGAGAAUAUCCUCGCAACGGAAUUCGUCUUCAACACAAAGCUGGACGGACGCUUCAAAGCUCGCCUGGUAGUCGGAGGACAUCGUCUAGAGCCAGGACAGGGUUACGGACGCAGCUACGCCCCAGUACGCCGUAUCGGGAGCUUUCGCAUGACAUGCGCAAUUGGCUGCCACAAUAACUGGCCCAUCUACAAACUGGACGUUGUCGGUGCCUUCCUAAAAGCCCUCUGCGACAGAGACGUGUACGUCAGACCCGCCCCCGGUACAUCCGCCAAGAACUCCGCGACAGGAGAACUCAUGGUGUACAAACUAGAACGAAGCCUCUACGGCCUAUGGCAGUCGCCGGCGCUCUGGAACGGCACCCUGGACGAGUCUCUCACGGCAACAUCAUCGUGA